AUGGUUCCGAGUGGUUCUCCAUCUUCCAUCCUCGCCACGAUCAUGACUUCCCGCGGCGGUGGUUUGUACGGUGGCAUCAAUUUUACAACACCUCAGGAUCAGCUUCAACAAAUAUCCUCGUCACCAGCUGCACCAGCCAUCGCUCCAGUGCCGGCCCAAGCAGUCGUCGAAGCUGCCCCGGUGCCAGCAACUACCAAGGCAACGCCAGUGCAAGAAAACACAGAACAACCCACACCAGAGACUCCCGUGAAAACAUCAGCUGGAUGGUCCGCCGCGCUCGCAUUUGCGCCUGUUCGACGAACCGCCAAACCAAAGGCGCCAGCAAACAGAGGUCUCCCUCAGGCAGCAAUGGUCGCUAGUUUGGCAGCCGCUGCGGCUUCAGUGAAUCCAACCCCGAUACCUACGGUCAACGUUGCACCGACAGAGCCAGCACCAGAACAAGAGUCGACAGGAUGGGGGAAGCGAGUCAAGGCUCCGUCCAUGGUUAUUGAUGACGAUGUCAAUGGGUUUCGAGCAACCAAACCAGGAGAAGGCAAGCGAAAGAAAAAGAAAAACAUCAACGCAAAUCAGAUUAUAUGGGAUCCGAUGGAACCCUAUGAUCCAUUCCAUCCGAAUGACUACCACGAGUACAAGAAAUGGAAGCAACGCGAGCAACAGGAACGUCGCAUGCAAGAACGUCGAAGGGUGGAAGAACUCAAGCGUAGACGUACUUAUAGUCAUUCAGAGUAUUCCAGUGAAGAACAUAGCGACGACGGCAGACCAAGUCGCAAGACAGCUCGAUAUCACUCGCCCGAACGAGAGGACGAUUACGAUGCUCCCCGAGGUCUUGGUUCUGCCAACGCAUUCCAGCAUUCUGACAACGUGGUGAACGAAGAGGAGCCUAUGAACAUUUCACCAGCAAGACCAGUUCCUCUAGCAGACACAGGUGAAGAAGCGUACCUUCGUCGUCUACAAAUGUCGCGACCACGGCCACCGAGCCCGCCCGCUGCGCAGCCGCCUGCGAAACCAACAUUUGCCCCAGCAACGCAGAGCAUACCUAUUCCAGCAAUGGCUUCACCUUUGCAACCACCUCCCGUUUCAGCCGUUUCUACGGCCUUUGCGUCAAAUGACGAAAUGGACGAGGAGAUUACACCGGUCGCUCCUGCACCGGUUCAACCUGCACCGACUCAGUUGUCACAAGCCACAAUUGAAGAGCGCAAAAAGACAGCUGCCGCAGUCGCGGCUCGACUGAAGGCUUUGAGCAAGUUGAACGCGGCGCCAGAGCCCCCAAACCCAGUGCCACCGCCAUCUGAACCGUCUGGACCACAGCCCAAGCGCGACCAGGCCGGCUUUGCUGCUCGGAUGAUGGAAAAAUAUGGCUACGUACAAGGUCAAGGUCUGGGUGCGAACGCGGACGGUAUUGUGGAACCCAUCAUGCUGGAACGUGCGAAUGCACCGAAAGCUACCAAGAAAGGGGAAGAGGGUCCAAAGAAGAGCGGAGCCGGUGGAAUGGGAAUCGGUGGCUCAAAGAUGGGCCGUAUCGUCAACGCGCAAGCAGAGGAAAAGAUCAAGGCGGACCUCUUACGUUACGGCGAGUCCAGCCGCAUCGUCGUUUUGACCAACAUGGUCGGUCCUGAGGACGUCGAUGACGAUCUACAAGGAGAAAUUGGUGAUGAAUGUUCCAAACAUGGAACGGUUGAGCGUGUCGUGGUUCACCUGCCGUAUCCAACGCCUGAUAAUCCAGAGGACGCUGUCCGCAUCUUUGUUCAGUUUGCGGGACCUGCUGCCGCAUGGAAGGCGGUUCGAGAGCUGGACGGUCGCUUCUUUGGGGGGAGGACGGUCCGAGCAAAAUACUUUGACGAAGGAAACUUUAUCAAACGACUUUUCGAUAUCCCUUUGUAG